CGUGAGUCCCGGGCGCGCGUCACGGGAACGCUGCCGGGCGGCCGGCUGUUCUAGUUGAGUUUGGUCCUCUGUGGGCCAUGGCCAACGUCUCUAAGAAGGUAUCUUGGUCUGGCCGAGACCGCGAUGAUGAGGAGGCGGCGCCGCUGCUUCGAAGGACCGGGCAGCCUGACGAGGAGACGCCGCUGCUGAACGGGGCCGGGCCGGCCGCGCGCCAGUCUCAUUCUGCAUUUUUCCGAAUUGGACAGAUGAACAACGUGGAGCUGGACGAUGAGCUUCUAGACCCGGAAGUGGACCCUCCUCACACCUUCCCCAAGGAGAUUCCACACAAUGAGAAGCUCCUCUCCCUCAAGUAUGAGAGCCUGGACUAUGACAAUAGCGAGAACCAGCUCUUCCUGGAAGAGGAGAGACGAAUCAACCAUACGGCUUUCCGGACGGUGGAGAUCAAGCGCUGGGUUAUCUGUGCCCUCAUUGGAAUCCUCACAGGCCUGGUAGCCUGCUUCAUUGACAUUGUAGUGGAGAACCUGGCAGGCCUCAAGUACAGAGUCAUCAAGGACAACAUCGACAAGUUCACAGAGAAAGGUGGCCUGUCCUUCUCCCUCCUGCUGUGGGCCACGCUGAACUCCGCCUUCGUGCUAGUCGGGUCCGUGAUUGUGGCCUUCAUAGAGCCAGUUGCUGCUGGCAGCGGAAUCCCCCAGAUCAAGUGCUUCCUCAAUGGGGUGAAGAUCCCCCACGUGGUGCGACUCAAGACGCUGGUGAUCAAGGUGUCCGGUGUGAUUCUGUCUGUGGUAGGGGGACUGGCUGUAGGAAAGGAAGGGCCAAUGAUCCACUCAGGUUCAGUGAUCGCUGCUGGGAUUUCACAGGGAAGGUCGACAUCACUCAAGCGAGAUUUCAAGAUCUUUGAAUACUUCCGCAGAGACACAGAGAAGCGGGACUUUGUCUCAGCUGGAGCUGCAGCUGGAGUGUCUGCUGCAUUUGGAGCCCCUGUGGGUGGGGUUCUAUUCAGCCUGGAGGAAGGUGCCUCCUUCUGGAAUCAGUUCCUGACAUGGAGAAUUUUCUUUGCUUCCAUGAUUUCCACCUUUACACUGAAUUUUGUUCUGAGCAUCUACCAUGGAAACAUGUGGGACCUGUCCAGCCCAGGCCUCAUAAAUUUUGGAAGAUUCGACUCAGAGAAAAUGGCCUACACCAUCCAUGAGAUUCCUGUCUUCAUCGCCAUGGGUGUAGUGGGGGGCAUUCUUGGAGCUGUGUUCAAUGCCUUGAAUUACUGGCUAACCAUGUUUCGAAUCAGGUACAUCCACCGGCCCUGCCUCCAAGUGAUUGAGGCCAUGCUGGUGGCUGCUGUCACAGCCACAGUGGCGUUCGUCUUGAUUUACUCAUCUCGAGAUUGCCAACCCCUGCAGGGGAGUUCCAUGUCCUACCCGCUCCAGCUCUUCUGUGCAGAUGGCGAGUACAACUCCAUGGCUGCAGCCUUCUUCAACACCCCUGAGAAGAGUGUUGUCAGCCUUUUCCAUGACCCACCAGGCUCCUACAAUCCCAUGACGCUAGGCCUAUUCACUCUGGUCUACUUCUUCCUGGCCUGCUGGACCUAUGGCCUCACAGUAUCUGCUGGUGUCUUCAUCCCAUCCCUGCUCAUUGGGGCUGCCUGGGGCCGACUCUUUGGCAUCUCCCUGUCCUACCUCACAGGGGCAGCGAUCUGGGCAGACCCGGGUAAAUAUGCCCUGAUGGGAGCUGCUGCUCAGCUUGGUGGGAUCGUGAGAAUGACCCUUAGCCUGACAGUCAUCAUGAUGGAGGCCACCAGCAACGUGACCUACGGCUUUCCCAUCAUGCUGGUGCUGAUGACUGCCAAGAUUGUGGGCGAUGUCUUCAUUGAGGGCCUCUAUGACAUGCACAUCCAGCUGCAGAGUGUGCCCUUCCUGCACUGGGAGGCCCCGGUCACCUCACACUCGCUCACUGCCAGGGAAGUAAUGAGCACACCUGUGACCUGCCUGAGACGGAGAGAGAAGGUUGGAGUCAUCGUGGAUGUUCUAAGCGACACAACAUCCAAUCAUAAUGGAUUCCCCGUGGUGGAGGAUGUGGGAGACACCCAGCCAGCCAGGCUCCAAGGCUUGAUCCUGCGCUCCCAGCUCAUCGUGCUCCUGAAGCACAAGGUGUUUGUGGAGAGGUCCAACAUGGGGCUGGUACAGAGGCGGCUGAGGCUGAAGGACUUCCGUGAUGCCUACCCACGCUUCCCCCCAAUCCAGUCCAUUCACGUAUCCCAGGAUGAGCGGGAGUGCACCAUGGAUCUUUCUGAAUUCAUGAACCCCUCUCCCUACACAGUGCCUCAGGAGGCGUCUCUUCCUCGAGUGUUCAAGUUGUUCCGGGCUCUGGGCCUGAGGCACCUGGUGGUAGUAGACAACCGCAAUCAGGUGGUCGGCCUGGUGACUAGGAAGGACCUGGCAAGAUACCGCCUAGGGAAGGGAGGCCUUGAAGAGCUUUCACUGGCGCAGACGUGAGGGUUGGCUCUACCCUUGUGCAGUGGCACCCGAGCCCCUCUGCACCUCCUCCCAGGGUCCCUGGUCUCAGCCAAAGCCUUGCCCCCUGGGCAGUGCAACAGCAGGAGCAAAUGCCCUCC